AUGAACGACCAGAUCUUCGACCUGGCCCAGGGCCUCGUGCCUGCCAACUACAUCAAGCAGGCGCGGCAGGCGCGGCAGGCGCGCGAGUCGCUUCUCAAGACGCUCCUCGCGCAGCGCCGCCUUCCCGAGCACGGCUGGGACGAGCCGACUCUCAAGCUGGCGCUGGCCGAGCUGGCGGCGCUCGACUCCAACACCUUCGUUGGCAACGCCGGCGUCGGCGAGCGCGAGGGGCGCGUCAUCUGCCCGCUCGUCGCCGCGCGCCACUUUGGGCUCGCGCACGGCAUCGGCCGGUCGGGCGACAUUGCCGAGGCGCAGCCAAAGGCGGCGGGCUCGUCGCUAAUCUACGCGCUGACGAACGCGCUCGCGGCGGACGCCCUUCGUCGCGCGGGAGGCGCCGGCGUCUCCGAGUGCGUCACGCUGCCGCUCGCGACGGGCAUGUCGGUGACGCUCACGCUGCUCGCGCUGCGCCAGCUGCGGCCGAACGCGCGGCAUGUGCUCUGGCCUCGCAUCGACCAAAAGUCGUGCCUCAAGGCGGUGAGCGCGGCGGGCCUGACGCCGGUGCCGAUCGAGAACCUGCUCGACGGCGACGAGCUGCGGACAGACCUCGACGCGCUCGCCGCGAAGCUGUCGGAGAUCGGCGCAGACGACGUGCUCUGCGUGCUCACGACAACAUCGUGCUUUGCCCCGCGCGGUGUCGACAAACUUCUCGACGCCAUCGCCAGCGCCUCCCGCCACGGCCGCCUCGACUGCUUCAUCCAGUCGACCGACAAGAACUUCCUUGUCCCAGUCGGCGGCGCGAUCGUCGCCACCGCCGACGGCCGGCACGGGCCGGAGCUGCUGGCCAAGGUGCGGUCGACGUAUGCCGGCCGCGCCUCGAUCUCGCCCCUCCUCGACCCUUGCCGCGCCUCGAUCUCGCCCGUCCUCGACCUCUUUUGCACGCUGCUCCACCUCGGCGCCGACGGAUGGCUGCGCCUCCUCGAGCGGCGGCGGGCGCGCGCCUCCUUCCCGGACUUUCGGCGCAAGCUCGAGGCGGUGGCGGCCAAGCACGGCGAGAGGGUGCUGCACACGCCAAACAACGGCAUCUCGAUGUCGGUGACGCUCACGCCGCCGGAGGGGUCCAAGCCCGCCGGCUCGCUCGGCGUCGAUCGCGCUUCGUGCGGCGCGGAUCACCUGCUUGCUCUCGUCGCCCCACCCGCGGCUCUGUCCCUUUGCGCCUCCCUCUUCGUGCGGCUCGUGUCGGGGCUGCGCGUCGUCACGCCCUCUGCCGCCGGCAAGACGGCAAGACGGUCGGUGGCAUCCCCUUCGAGCGCGCACUACUCGGGCUACCCGUGCGCGUACUUUUCUGUCGCGUGCGCCAUCGGCAUCGCGGACGGCGACGUCGACCUCUUCCUGCGCCGCCUCGACAAGGCCGCUCGCUGCCCCGCAUACUUCUUGAUGGCGCUCGCCGAGUGGAAGAAGCCGCCGCGCCAGCCAAAGGCAAAGGCGGGCGGCGCGGACGGCGCAGCGGGGAACGGGUCCUGCGCCGCCAAGGACCGGGACUUCGCGAAGGACUUCCGGCCCAACCCCUCCGCCAAGGAGUUUGUGCCGGCCGCGCAACCCGCGCCCUGCAUGACAGCGGCGCCGCCCUGCUCCGUGGAGAAAGCGGAGGAGAAGGGGGCGGCGGCCGAGUGAGCGCGUGUGGCGCGGAGCAUGCAGCGCACCCACUGACGAAGCCACGUACAAUUAUUUUCCCGCGCGAGAGCACCUGCAGGAUCACUUGGCAGAUUCAAUUUUGUUGGACGCGUCCCAAU